AAUACAGUAUUUCAAUUCUACCAAGCACCGACCGUAUAGAUAGCGGAAUUUUCCUGCGUUUUCUGCACCCCCUUCCUUCCCUCUCUUCUUCCCCCACAAUUCCUCUCUCUCUCCCCACAUCUCUUCACUCCUCAAUACUGUAUAAACAUGUCCGAUUUCAUCUCAUCACUCCAAAAUCCUCCGAUCAUUCUCCCCACAUCGUCUUCUUCUGCUGCUGCUGCAUUUGAUGGUGAUGAUUUCGAAGAUUCGUGCAGUAUAUGCCUCGAGCCUUUCAUCUCUGACGAUCCUCCCACUGUCACCACUUGCAGACACGAGUAUCAUCUCCAGUGUAUUCUUGAAUGGUCACAAAGAAGCAAAGAGUGCCCCAUAUGUUGGCAGCUUCUUGUCUUGAAGGACCCUGCCAGCCAAGGGCUUUUGGCUGCAGUGGAAAAGGAGAGGAAUUUGAGGUCAAGGCGGAAUGCUCGCAUUAUCCACGAGGAUUAUGAAAUCAAUCAUGAUAAUUCUUAUUCAGAUGAGUCAGAGUUUGAGGAGCGUAUUAUGCGAGAUUUUGCUGCUGCUGCUCACAGAGCUCGUCAUAUUGGCAGAAGGGGAAGGCAUAGAUCUUUUGCUGUUGCUCCUUCACAGGUUCUAUCCGAUGUACAGCAUAUACCCACUACAUCAUCAGAAGAACCCCGAAGUUCCAAUUAUGAGUUUUCAGAGGGCGAUUCGCCAACUUUUAGCACACCUACUAUCAUCCGUGCUCAAACCCCAUCAUCUGUGGUUCCCAACAUUGUACAUACGGGACCAAGCUCUGCUAGUAACAGACAUGGUUUUUUUAAGCUCAGCCCGUUGCCACCAGAAAGUCCACAGAGACCAAGCUCAUCUGAAUUACUUGCUUUCUCAGAGUCUAUUAAAUCUAAAUUUUCAGCUGCUUCUGCCAGGUAUAAGGAAUCAUUCUCAAAAUUUACCCGAGUAGUUAAAGAAAAGCAACUUGCACACAAUAUCACAGUCAAAGAUCUGGGAAGAGAAGUUCAACGCGAGAUGAAUGCAAGUAUUGCUGGUGUUGCACGUAUGAUUGAACGCCUUGAUCUUAACUCAAAACAUACUGGAGUUUCUGUUCCUUUAUCCAGUUCCCCAGGAGGGACCUCAAACUUAUCUUACAAAGGAAAAGACACGCAAGAGUGUGAAAUUACUGAGUCUCCGAAUGAAAUUGUUGGGAAAAAUGUGCGUGGUAUGAGUUCAGUUGAAUCCUCUUGUGUGAAGAGCAUCAUCCCAGGCCAGUCGGAAGCUUCUCUUGUUCAGACUGGAAAUUGAUGAUGUUGAAACCAGUGCUCAACCAUGGCUUCUAUAGUCCACUCCCGCCGAAAAAGGCAUUUAUGCUGGUGUCUACCCUUCCGAGUCAGUCCAUUGCUGGUGUCUACCCUUCCCAGUCAGUCCAUUUCGCAAGUGACGUAUGAGUCUAUGACUAUGAACCAAUACACUGUAAGUAUAAGGGAUGAUUGGUUCGCGUCCUGCAAUACUUAUACAUUCACAAUUCGAACCUUUUAGUAAAUUAUUGUUGUAAGAGAGUGUUCCAUGUAAGAGCAUUGAAAUUUGUUACUCUGCAUGGUUUUAAAUAUCGGCCAUUACAUAUCUUUUCAUCUGUUACGUAAUGUAUUUUGAAUUUUUGAUAA